AUGCAUGUUUAUACGUUUAUUUUUUGUUAUCUAUGUUUCACUAUCAUUAGCCUCUGAUAUGUAAGCAAUGUGUUUUGUGAUAAUGUACCGUGUUGUAAGCAUUUAAAUUUGAAAUUAGAAUCUUGAAUAUCAUUCCGACAAAUAUUUCAGUAAUUUCUAUUACACUUCUUUUUCAGUUUUGUAUACAUUAUUUACAUUCAGUUUAUAAUACAUUGUAGUCAUUGGUUUAUAGUAUAUUAUACUCAUCGGCCAUAGCAGAUUAUCGGUGAGCGUUUCACACUUCCAAUUUUAUUAUUCAGUUCAUCGGUGCAUGACUUCAAUUGCUAUGGAAUGUGAUUCGAAGUUUAGAGCAAUUGUAUGAUUUGAAAUCAAUAGCAUAAUAUAAAAUGUUACACUUCAUAUGAUAUCUAAUUUUAGUCUUAAAAAUCGUAAACUAGUCAAAAUGGUUUGCCAGAGUCUUAUGGAGUUAAAAAUUGUUGUCCGUUCCGUUUUAGUUGCGUGCAAGAACUGCUUAACAGUCGAAGAAUUAUGGAAAAGAACAAUUUACGUAUUCGGAGGACCACAACAACUACAGUUGAAAUUGUUUGGUUACGAUACCCCUUUUGAUUUCCUUAAAAGUAUCCCAGAUGUUGUUCAGUUAGAAGAUCCAGAAGAUACCAACUCCAUUGUCAAUUUAAUAAGUUCAAAAUUGAGCAGGCAUAUGGAACUAUUAGUCUCUACAAAUAUAAUAAGGCCGCCCAAAAGUAAAAUUUGUCAAAACGAUUUAUUGAUACCAUACAGAACACAAUGUGCAUUUAUCAGAAUUUUUUAUGAAUUAUAUCCAGAAGGAUUAUCAAUAAGUGUUUUUGAAUCUGAUGUUUUGUGUAUUCCAAUAUUUCAGUCUUACAUCAACUGUGUGGAUAUACUAUUGUUCAAUUUGGAGCAUAUAUUUUUAAGAAGGGGAGAAGAAAUGAUAAGUUUGCAACCAAAAUUAGUCAACAGAUUGAAAGAAGUAAUUGAGACGGAAGAUAAAUAUACAGCUAUGGAUAUAUGUAACAUUGAUGAGUAUUCAUUGGAAAAUAAAUAUGAAGAUCAACAAAUUUCCAAUGGACUGGAAUAUCCAUUGUUUUAUAUUUUAGAAGAUACAAUUAAAACUAAUAUUGAACAACUAUUAAAUGAAGUACCUGAUUGGAUAUCUGAUGGACAAAUGUGUAGUUUAUACAUUGACAAAUUUGGUUCUGGUUUUACUCAUUAUAGAAGAUGGGGUUUUGGCAGAGUUAGUCAAAUGUUUUCAAAACUACCAGAAUUGUGCUGUGUUCAUUUCACAACGAAUGGAGUAGAAAUAAUUUCAUCAGUAAAACAUACUUGUGAUGUUUAUAAAAAUAUGAAGAAAGAAGAAUGCUUAGAAGAAGCAAAUAGGUCUGGAUCUUUUUCUACUAAUGAAAAAGAAAAGUAUAAUGACGAACCUAAUGAAAAUAACGGAGUAUUAAAAAAAUUCCUAAGAAAUGAUCAGUAUUUACUAACAUCAUUAAACAAUUGUUUUUUGGAGCAAGAAAUUCAACAUUUCGAAUUGAAAAUCAAUAAUUCAUUAAAUGUCAAUGUUUGUGCAGUCAAUACAAAUAUUAUACCAACUAUAAUAUGUCAAAGCAUUGAUCAAUAUCAUUUGUUACAGAAGUUAUUAGUUGAUAUGAAAAAUUUCUAUUUUAUGCAUGAAUCAGAGUUGUUAUUUGAUCCAACUGUAACCAUGGUGAGACAUACAUAUGCAUAUUUUUUUGAUGAUUGUUGGUUCAGAGGUUUUGUCACUGAUAUCAACUUGAGUGUAAUAAAAAUGAUGAAUAUUGACAAUGGUUCAAUGGACACUAUUCCAUUUGAGGACAUCAGGUUACUACAUAAACAGUUUACCCAAUUACCAGCACAGUCAUUAACUUGCAAUUUACAUGGAAUAGAUUAUAUUAACGAAGAUGAGCUUUUGAAAAUUAUAGAUAAAAAAUGUACAAUUUAUGUUGUUUCUAUCGAUCAACAAAAUAAAUCUGCAAGUGUCAAAAUCAAACUUACAGAUACUGUAUCAGAUAAAUACUUAAAUGAUGAAUGGAUAGAAAGUGGUAUUGCCAAAGCAGAUUCAGAUGAAGAAUAAUGAACAUACAAUUUUAUUCCAGUUUUUUUUUUCAUUAUAAAAUAUACUGAACAAGCAAGUUAGCUAUUACUAUUAUAAUUUUUUUUUUUGUUAUUUGUAUUACUUUAUAUUGCUGAAUUUGAACUUUACCUGUGACCUGUUGUUAUAUAAAUUAAAAUAUUAAAACUUAAAGUAAAAAAACAACUUAGCGCUAGGUUAGCUCGAAGACUUGCAAGUCACUUAACUUGAGCAUAACAUGUUAACAUAAUAAAUAAUUAAUUUGUUGAUUUGAUUA